CCGCCGCCGCCGCCGCCGCCUCCUCCUCAUCUUCUUCCUCCUCGUGUUCGUCUUGUUCCCCUCCGGCCGCGCAGGUUGAUUUGAGCGGCCGGCGUCGAACCGAAUCCCAUCCCAGGAGGACCAUCAAAAGCCGCCGCGCGCAGACAUCCAUCCAUCAUCCCAUCCCGCCCGUGGUCGCCAUUGCUCGCCGCACAGGGCAGACGUGUGCACACCGCACACGCCAACUCACUCGCCAAGAACAGAAGAGGGAACAGGAAACUGACGAGCUGACGAGAGGGCGAGAGCGACAAAAAAAACUGACCCUUUCUCUCACGUUAAAAUCCCCCCCGCUCCCCGUCUGCGCUCUCCACACCCCCCAGCAAUCCCUACCCUAAUCCCUCCCCCGCCGCCGGCGCCCAGAUCGCAUCUGCGCCCUCGCCGAUCGCCUCCCGUAACCCCCACACAGCGCAAGCUCCUCGCGCCGUUCGUCGAUCGCCGGCUGAAGCGCCCGCCGCCUGUAAGCGGUUGGCCGCCGGGAGGAAGAGAGGCUCUCCGCUCUCGUAGCGUGUUUCGGAUCGGGCUCCCGCGAUCGACCAUGGUGGACGUCGCUGAGUGCUCGGCGGCGCCCGUGCCCGUGCCCGAGGACGAGGUCGAGCCGGCGCACCCGGACCCCUCGUCGAUCCCGCCCGACGCCUGGCGGCGCUUCGAGAGCGCCGCGCUUGGUGUGGUGAACAAGAUCCAGCCCACCGUCGCCUCCGAGAACUUCCGCUCCGCCGUCAUCGACUACCUCAAGCGCCUCCUUGGAUCCCGCGCAGGGGUUCAGGUCUUCCCAUUUGGGUCUGUUCCACUGAAAACAUAUCUUCCUGAUGGAGAUAUCGACUUGACUGCAUUCAGCCCUGCGAUUUCUGAUGAGAAUCUAGCAAAUCAAGUCUAUGCUAUUCUAAGUUCAGAACAGCAUAGGAAGGAUUCUGAAUUUGAUGUCAAGGAUGUCCAGUAUAUCCAUGCUGAGGUUAAACUGGUAAAAUGUCUUGUACAGAAUAUUGUUGUAGAUAUAUCUGUGAAUCAAAUUGGUGGACUCUCUACGCUCUGUUUUCUGGAGAAGGUCGAUGAAAAUUUUGGAAAAAAACACCUGCUCAAACGAAGCAUAGUGCUUAUUAAAGACUGGUGUUACUACGAAAGUCGCAUCCUUGGUGCUCAGAAUGGAUUGCUAUCUACGUAUGCCUUGGAGGUUUUAGUUCUGUACGUUUUCCUUAUCUUCCACAGGUCCUUGGGUGGUCCCUUAGCUGUCCUCUAUAGGUUUCUCGAUUUCUAUAGUAAAUUUGAUUGGGAUAGCAAGGGAAUCAGCUUGUUUGGUCCUGUUUCCUUAUCUUCACUACCUAAUCUAGUUACUGACCCUCAUCUACCAGCUAUUGAUGAUGAUUUUUUUGUUCCACGGGAAAAGAUUCUUAGAAAAUAUGCAGAAGAUUUUAGUGCCCCUCCUAGAAACUCUGAGAGAGACGCACAAGUAUUUUCUCGGAAGUUUCUAAAUAUUGUUGAUCCACUGAAACAGAGUAAUAAUCUUGGACGCAGUGUCAACAAAGGGAACUUUUACCGAAUACGUAGCGCAUUUGAUUUUGGUGCUCGUAAGCUUGGGAAGAUUCUUCAAAUGCCUGUCUGUUAUACUGUCAAUGAAGUGAAUCAGUUCUUCUCGAACACAUUAAAGAGAAAUCAUACUGGGUUCAGACCAGACGACGGCAGUUCACCUUUAUACAGCAAUCCCUAUGGUGAUCUGUCUUAUCAGUUUAAUAACAUCUUGAAUGAUCUCACUGGAGAUUUCGAGAUAAACUUCCGUAAUCUUCAGUAUGCGCAAGGGUUCCAGCAAGUUAAUCCAGCAAACUCAUUUUACUAUGGAAGGCUUGCUCCACCACCCCUGCAAUAUCAGAACACGCACCCUUCAGAUAGUCAGGGAAGAAAAAAUCCACAUGCAUAUGCUAGCAUGAAUGGAGCAAUCCCUUGUCCUCCUUACCCAUCUGGUUGUCUUGCGUGGAGGCCAUUUAUUCAACCAGAUGAUCCUAUGGCUAUGAGGGCCCGUGGAAUAGGCACCUACUUUCCUGACCCAAGAUUGUGCAAGGAUAGACCACCCGCUGGGCGUGGGGAGAGAGAAAAAAAUCAGUUCACCUAAAAUAAUUAUCAUCACUAUGUCAGAACAGAUAUGCCUGCAGUAUGGGAUCUGGUCAGGAAUUUGGGCAUGAGCUACCACAGAUACAUAUUACUGGUGCAACUGAUCAUGGAAUGCCGGCCAUCUCCAUCUCCCAACUCUCCAAGAGAUCAAUUGAAGUAAACUUGAGUCUGGUACUUUUGACAGUAAACUUGAGGCUGGGACCUCUGGGGCGUUGCCUUUGGAAGUUACCUCCAAGGACCAUGCUAGCAGAUCAGAAUCUGCUUCCAGCAAUCAAGUUUUUGGACCUGUGAGUAUUGUUUCUAUUCUCUGAAACACUACGACAGGUUCCAACCGAAUGAGGAUUGCGGAAUCAUAUCUCCUCAAGGACAACAUGGACUUCCCACCAUAUCCAGUUGAAUGUUGGUGGUGAUACACUGUAUGAACUGGGAGGUAACAGGCAACGCCGCACUAAACCACUAAGAGAAAAAUACCAAUGAAUGGUGUGUGCUUACUGCAGCAAUGGCAUGGAGUUGCUUCGUCGAAUUAGACACCAUGUUGUACAUCCUGCCACUUCCUUCCUGUACUCCAGUUGUCAGAUUCACCAGGUCGCUGCAAUCAGCCUAUGCUUCUUUCAUGUGCGAAAGGAGAAAAAAAGGGGGCCAACAAGAAAAGGAAGAAAGGAAGAAAGAUGGGGUGCUUGGACUUGAUGUGUAGAUACUUUUUACUGGUCAUGGCAGGGAAGAGAUAUGUUGGAGCGCUUGUUGGUUGUGUUGUUUUGAGCUAGGGAUGAGGGGAGCUGGAGCUUGCUAUGCCCAUGUGUAAAAUGUAAUGAGAAUAGUGUUGUAACCUCUGCUUGCAUUUGGAUGGAGGUCUUGUGUUGAAAAGCCCUGCUGUUUGAAGUAACUUUAGGUGUUUUAAAAAUGGCUAGGUAGACAGAAUAUAUUGGAUUAAUAGUGAAAA